AUGCACCACCACCCACGGAAUCGAGAAAGAGCUCUCAAUCUGUCAAUCCUGUCCGUGUCCGGGCCGGACUUGGGUUUCCCGGGAGCUGCCCGGCGGGUCAUGGGAAUAACGCCGCCGGAUCGCCAGUCGGCAUCGUUUAUGGAUCAACCAGGUAGCCGCCACCCACGGCGGCGCCGCGGCGCGGCGCGCGAGCGCCCCGACGCGCCCGGCCCGCCGGCGCGCGCCCCGCCAACCCUGACCGCCCCGGCUCUUUCACCGCUCCGACCCGCGGGAGCGGCAUCGCGGACGCGACGGUGGCGGCAUGGCGGCGACGGGCGCCGGCGGCGGCGGCCGGCCGCCUCGCGGCCCGGCGGCGCCUGGGGCGGGGAACGGCGCCACGCGCGAGGGACGCCCCUCGCGCCACGGCCGACCCCGGCGGCCGGCCCUUCCCGCGACGCCGCGGGCAAGGAGCCGGGACCGCUGCGCAGCUUCUCUUUCGCCACUCGGAUGCGAGCAGCGCGAGAGAAGCCCCGGAAGGAGAGCCGGCCGGCCGAGGGCCCUCUCCGACGCCACCCGAAAAGCCUCAUCGAUCGGGCGCGCAGCCGAGGAAGGAGCCGCGCCAACAGCGACAAGGGCCCCACGGCCACGGUCCUGGGACAACGGCGACGGCCGCCCAAGCCCCGCCUGCGGAGCGCUCGCGGCAGAGGAGGAGCGCGGGGGGCACGAAAGGGACGAGGCGCCGCCGCCUCGCCCGCCACCGCUGCCCAGGGGGGCCGCCCCCCCUUGCGAAUCGGCCGGCAGAAGCCGGGCCGGCGCGGGAAAGCUCGCAGCUUCUCUCUCCGCCUCGCCUCGAACGCCAAGCGGUUUCCCUCUCGGAUCAGCACUCCCAGCCGAGCCGACGGGCAACCCGUGCCCCGUGGUCUGCCUGCUGACACGCUGAACUGGCGAAACAGCGCCCCCGCCCCCGCCCCCGCCCCGUCCCACCCACGCCCUCCUGAGACCCUACACAGCCCGGCCCCCCUGGCCCCGAUGCGGCUCGCCCCGCCCCGCCCAGCGGUAGAGGCGGCCGCCGCCGGCACCACCGCCAGCACACAGGCGGCCACUUUCGGGCGGGUUCUUUCACGGUCCGCAGAGGUCUUCCGCCCUCGACCUCAGUCCAGGGGGCCGUGGGGGCUCGGUGCCGAGGCGCCCGGGGCCGGCACGAAGCCGCCGGCCCUUGGCCCUCGUCCGCACACAGACACAGAUACAGCGCCACACCCACCGACCCCCCCCCGCCCCGUGCGCACGCUCACUCCCCAAGGUCAUCCCUUCAGGCCACCACACCGCCCCCUCGCCGCCCCCCGCCACCUGCCCCCGCCCCCCCGCCGGGCGGCGGGGCACGCCCACCCGCCCGCCCGCCUGCCUGGCUGCCCGUCCGCAUGCACGCUCUCGCGUGCCCUCACUCCCUGGCCCUGGCCCCGUCCCCGUCCCCGCCACCGCCCCCUGCCCUUACCCCUGCCCUUGCCGUCUCUGUCGGAGCCGCCCACGCCCGUCGGCGGUUGGGGGCGCCCCACCCAGCCUCUCCCAUCAGCCUCCCUGGCGCCGUCUGCAUACCUUUCCCGCUUGCUAGGCACCCCAGCAAACGGGUCCCCGCCCCGCACCGCGCGCCCGCGCGCGCGGCCGGGGGAGACCCGCCGCCGCCCUCGAGGCCCGCGCGCCCAAGCCCCCGCCCCGCGUCUCGGGCCUGAGACCCGCGCGGAGGGAAGUCGAGGCCGCGCGGCCCGGCGGAGCCUCUCUUGCUCUCCCCCCGGGGGCGCGCCCCCGCGGCGCGCCCCCCCCGUGGCUGGCCUAACUGGCGGCACGCGGCCCUUCGCUCGCUGCCCGGCCCCCGGACCCCGCCGCCGGGUGCCCCACGAUCAUGCGGUACGCGACGGGGGAGAGGCGGCGCCGCAUCCGUCCGCCCCUCCGGCUCCCAACCACGAGCGGCGCUCCUCACCGGGCCCGCCCGCGGACGGGCGGGCGGCCGGCUAUCGCGAGCCCACCGAGGCGCCGGCGGCGCUGCGGUAUCGCUACGUCUAG